UGCCUUACCAUGCAUGCAAAAGAACAAAAACCAAACCAUGGAUGAGGAAGGAUCAAGGGGAAAAACCAAGGACGAGCCUGGAGAUGUCCGUUACCGGGGGGUUCGCCGGCGGCCCUGGGGGAAGUUCGCCGCGGAGAUUCGAGACUCCACCAGGCAAGGCCAAAGGGUGUGGCUGGGAACUUUCAACACGGCGGAGGAAGCAGCCAGAGCCUAUGAUAGAGCUGCUUAUGCCAUGAGAGGUCCAUUCGCAAUCCUGAACUUCCCUGAGGAGUACCCUAUGACUGCUGGUGGUGCCACUAAUGCCGCCACUCAUUCCUCUGUUGCUUCGUCGUCCUCUUCCUCUUCCUCCAGGCAUGCAAAUGUGGAAGCCAGAGGAAGAAGUGACCAAGGAAGACAAGUGUUUGAGUUCGAGUACUUAGACGACAAAUUGUUGGAGGAGCUUCUAGACUUUGAAGACAAAAAGAAAAGGGGCCCCUGAAAAGGAACAACCACCAUAUAUACUACGUACUGUAUCAAACUAUGUCUUUUCAUAUUUUCUGUGAGUUCGUAUUAACUUCCUUCUAGUAAAUUUAAACACAUGAUUACAUGUCCCACAAAUGCUUCCAACCAUAGUAUAAUUUCUCUGUCAAGAAGUUACCAUUCCAACGAUAAUGUUUUUGGAGACAAUGCUACUGGUUCUAGUAGCACCAAUUAUGCAUGUAUGUCUAAUAUUUAGUAAGAGGUAUCAAAUGGAGAUAAAGUAUAUCCA